AUGUCAGCUUAUCAUUCUCCUAUAAGCCCUGCGAACGAAGAAGAACCCCUUGAUCAAGAUCAUCGUCAACAACAUAUUGGUAAUUGUUCUGCUUCAGGGCCAGAGCUUCGGUCAGCCAGAGGCCUUCAUGGGAGAGAGCAUAACACUGGACUCACUUAUGCUCUCUCUCUCUCUCUCUCUCUCUCUUUCUCUCAGGUGCUUCAGAACGCGGUCCUCAUCAUUCCUGGUGUAGGAAACCUUCUCUUUCGUGGACCCUUCGCAGAGAUCACUCGCGGAUGGUACGCCAUCGUUGGUGUCACCAUCCUGAUGAACAUGCUUUUGAACUGCUUCGUGCCGGCCGGCGUGACUGUCGCCAAGAUGAUAGUCAAUGUCUUCAUGAGGUGUUUCUUCAGAAUGGGCGUCGCUCACCAGGCAGAGCUGCUGGAGCUGUACACCCACCCGGAGUUCGACAUCAAGCAGAAGUAUGCACAGCUCCUCACGACCGUUUUCGUUACACUGAUGUAUGGAGCUGGGCUUCCGCUUCUGUACUUCAUGGCUUGUGCCUUCAUGUUCUGCCAGUACUGGGCGGACAAGUACUGCUUGCUUUGGGGCUCCCGAAGGCCUCCGCACUACGAUACCAAGAUGGCCACCGAGGCCAUCGAAAGCAUGCUUUACGCUGUUCCUUUUCACUGUGUGCUGGCAAUUCUGAUGUACGGCCAGACGUGCGUCUUUCCGUCCAACCCCUUAGGAGGAGAUCUGGGGAACCUGGUGGAUGAGGGAUCCGGCUACACGCCGGGCAUGCUCCAGCAGUUCAUCCCGCAGAUCACGCGUGAGUCCACGUGGAUGUUCUUCCUCCUCUUCGUGCUCUUGGUCGUCCUGUGGGCUUGGGCCGAAGCGAACAUGCCGACCCAGUCAUGA